AGUCCAGGACCCGAAAUUUUCAGUCAGCAGGAGCAAACCGUCUCCAUUCUCCUGCCCAGUGGCCCCAUUCUGAACUUGCGGUCAUCUGCCCCUCUGGGUCCCACCGGGUUCCUGCCGCCGUCUCUUCUGCCUUCUCAUACCCUCGACCGCACACCACCCAAGUAGGGAGGCGCAAUGGCUCACCACGGCUCUCGCGCCGGCUCCGAAAGCCCACGGAUGACUCCCGACGGCGGCAAAGAUGACAAGCGAAGCAGGAGCAAGGAGAAUGGCAAGAGGAGGUCGCGCGACCGUGACUCCAAGGACGUCAGUGCGGCCGGCCCCUAUGCCACCCACACAAUCGGAGAGCGCCGGUCAAGCGUCAGCAAACCGGCCAGGGACUUCCGCGACAAGCCCGAGCCGUCGCCGAAGAGGAAGAAGAGGAAGACGGCAGCUACACCCGCCGCCGUAAGGGAAGAAGCGCCGACGCCCGAUGGAGCCGGUGAAUUAUCCACCAGGUCGCCGAGCCCCGUGAUCGACUUCGACGGUUUGAGCCGGCCCGUGGUCGGCACACGCGCACGGCUGGAAGAAGACGAGGCCCAGGCACAAGUCCGGCUGGACCGGAUGAAGGGCGCCGUCAGGACGCUGCUCGAGUGCGUGGGCGAGGACCCGGACCGUGAAGGCCUGUUGGCGACGCCCGAGCGGUACGCCAAGGCCAUGCUCUUCUUCACCAAGGGCUACCAGGAGAACGUGCGGGACAUCGUCAACGGCGCCAUCUUCCAGGAGGGCCACAACGAGAUGGUCAUUGUUAAGGACAUCGAGGUGUUUAGCAUGUGUGAGCACCAUCUCGUACCCUUCACCGGGAAGAUGCACAUUGGCUACAUACCCCACAAUGCCGUCAUCGGCAUCUCCAAGCUGCCGCGCAUUGCCGAGAUGUUCGCCCGGCGGCUCCAGAUACAAGAGCGCCUGACCAGGGAGGUGGCCAACGCCAUCAUGGAAGUGCUCAAACCGCAGGGUGUUGCCGUUGUCAUGGAGUCGAGCCAUCUAUGCAUGGUGAUGCGGGGAGUCCAGAAAUCCACCAGCACCACCAUCACCAGCUGCGUGCUGGGCUGCUUCGAGCGGAAAGAGAAGACCAGGAACGAGUUCCUGAGCCUGAUUGGCGUCAACCGCUGAUCCAUUACAUCGUGGUACAUAUGACACACGUAACGGGGGUGUAUUCAACAAAGGGCCAUCAUUCUACAUGUAUGGCAGCGAUGCCGCUCGGCUUCGGUUUCUUCUCUGCAUCAGGCUGGCGUUUGGGGUUAAAAGAGGGUAGGCGAUCAUGCAGAGGGGCAUACACGUGCACCGCGAACGGGGGGGGAUCUCAACAUCGGGCUGGUUCUAUAUGGCGUUUGCAUGUGGGAAGAUUCCUGGUCAUUCAACACGGACACUCUUCUCGAGCACUUGUUUCUACUUGACCCACCAGGGUACUGGACAUCAGUACACUGGUAUACGUAGAUAUCCAACGCAAUUUGCGGCUGCGGUUUAGUUCAACCGCCGCGACAUCACUGGACACUCUAAACAUUAGUUCUGCACCGAGC